ACCUGCAGUCAGCAGAGCUCCUGACGCUUCCAGAUUUAAAAGAAUAUUGAUUUUUACAGCAUCUUGUUUUAUUAAGCACUAACAUCUUAGUGGUACUUGACACAACCAUGGAAGACAUUAACAAACUCCAAGUGAAUUUCAAACAUGCAGUGCUCCCCCAUUUAAAGGAAGGCCUCACUGUUCUUGACACACUCACUAACAAGAUACUCACUGUUGAUCCUAACAACAUGCAGAGUUGUCAUGACAGCAUAAGGACCCUAAUUAUCGAGGUGCUCAAACAUGUCAGCCUUGCUGAAGAAAGUGGUAAGAAAGAGGUCGCAGUUAUUGAUGAUAAGUGUAUCAAGUUAAACAUCCAAAGCAGCAACUUGAAGGAAGAACAAAGGUUAAAGGAAACAGAGUUAAAAAGUCAUCAGUCUAAGCUAGAAAACUGGAGACAGAUGGAAGAUGCAAGUCAACGCAGAUUGGGAGAUGAAGAGCAACAACUUCAUGAAAUGCAAAAAAGAGCUGAAGAAAAUAAAAAGAAAAGAGAUGCUGGCAUUGGCUUGAUGUUUAUUCCUAUUAUUGGUCCCAUCAUUGGGAGUGUACUUCUUGCUGAAUCUGUACCUGGCCUUGCAGAAGCUGAACAAAGAGUGAAUGAAAUUAGAGGAAACAUUGAUCACUACAGGAAUGAAGCCCAUCGUUUUUCAAGUGAAAUAAACCGUGUACAUUAUGAAAUUCGCAGUGUGCUGGAACGGUCAGCAGAAAUAGAGAGCACACUUGUACGGCUGAAUGAAUUGAAAAUAAAUAUGGCAGACAUUCAAAAGAAGAUGAGGUUGUGUGCUGAAUUUGUAGGCAUUCUGUCUGGGAGAGUCACGGUGGUGGAAGUGCAGACAAGGAAAAUUAUUGUUUUAGAGCCAUUACUUUGCAAUAUGGAGCAGAUAAUAAACCAUCUGUUCCAAAUACCGUCAAAAGAGGACAACGCUUAUCUGAAUGAAAAUGAAAUCAAGAAGGUCAUUGAGAACCUUAAAGUUUCCAAUAAGAAGAUAAAACAACUCACUGAAACAGAUGACAGAAAAUCACAGUUCAUUUCAGUCUUGUUAAAAAAAUGUAUAGCUAUAAAUGCACUCCAUUGCAUAAAAUAAAUAGUCGAAAAUAAAAUUAAGAUCACCUAAACUGCUGUCAGCAUUUACGUAACUGAAAACAGAAUGCAUGUAUUGAAUAUUUACCACAUACUAUUUCUUUGGUGACGCAAUUAUUUUGAGCUUUAGGUAAUGCAAAUUUGGUUGCUAGCUUAAAGAAAGUUAAAAAGCUGUAAGCCAUACAUUCAGUGAAUGGCAUAAUUAAGUAAUUUAGAAUAAAAAUAAGAACAUAUUAAAUGCAUUUAGCAUUUACAACUGAAAAUAAAAAUGACUAAAUUUAAUUUUUAAAGCGUGCAGCUUGAUGUAUGACCCAAUCCUUAUAAACAUGCAACAAUGCAAAUGUUAUUGUUAGCCUAACAAAACAUAUAUUUGGUGACAUUUUGUCAUGUCUGUGCCUUUUUUUGUGUCAAACAAAUAUUUCCAAAAAUGAAUGCAGUGUAUUUCAUAGAAGAAUGACAAACAUUUGUUGCCUGUGUUAAAGGCUGGAUUUAAA